AUGCAAAGGAGCUUGUACCUUUUCGACGCCUCCUGCGAUAACUUUGGCUUGCUCACCAACACGGUGAAAACGGAGGCCAUGCAAGAAGCGCCGCCCGACGCCGUCUACAGUUCACCUCACAUCGACGUGAACGGUGCCCAACUGCAAGCCCUGGGCAACUUCACGUAUCUGGGCAACACACUUUCUCACAGCACCAAAGUCGACGACGAGGUGGCCCGCCAGAUCUCCGAAGCCAGCCAAGCCUUCGAUCGUCUGCAAAACACCGUCUGGAAUCGACACUGUCUUCACCUCAGAGCCAAACUCAAGAUGUGCAAAGCGAUCAUCCUGCCGACACUGCUGCAUGGAGCGGAGACUUGA